AUGCAACCAUACGGAGCCCCUUAAUAACCAUAAUAUGGAGCUUAUCCACCUGCUCCUACUGGCUAUCCUCCAGCUGGUGGUUAUCCUCCUUAAGGAUAUCCCCCUUAAUAAGGUUAUCCUCCUUAAGGAUAUCCUGUUAUGCAGCCAGUGUACGGAGCACCUCCACCUGCUCAAGAUAUGCCAUAACCUGUGUACAUUCAAUAAUAACCUCCUGUAAUGGUGGUUGAAUAAGAGCUAAUUAUGGUUCCUAAUUAAAACUAAUCUGGAUACCCCGUCAGUGCUAAUGGAGUCCCUCAUCCAGCUCAAAUUUACUGCUCAAUUUGUUAAAGAAACGUUACAACUGUUGUUGAAGAUAAGGCAGGUACAGGCACAUGGACAUGGUGUUUCAUUUUGGCUUUGUUUACACCUGGAUGCUGCUGUUUCCCAUUCUGUAUUUCAAGUUGUCAAGAUAAAUUGCAUACUUGCCCUGGUUGCUAAAACCAAGUAGGUUACUAUGAAUACAAAGUCUGUUGA